AUGGGCUUGGCUAAGAAUUUGGCUUUCCCAUCUGGGGGACUGGAAAUCAUUAUUUCACUCAUCCACAGGGAUGCGGAUGACAUUCUUCCAUGUGACGAUGUGAAGCCGCAAGAUAGUGACCUGUCAGCUGAAGAAAGAAUAUUUUUGGAAGAGUUUCCCAACCUGAAAGCGGAGCUGGAAGUAGACAUCCGGAAGCUCCAGGCCCUUGCAGACCGCAUUGACACAACAAACAAAACUCUCACCAAGACCAGCGUGGUGGCCAAUUCCAUCACCGUGGUUUCCGGAGCCAUGAGCAUACUGGGCUUAGUCCUUGCUCCGGCGACAGCAGGGGGCAGCCUGGUGCUCUCCGCUGCAGGUAGAGUUUUGGGGACAGCAGGGGAGGUCACCAGUAUCUUGACCAACGUUUUGGAACGUUUUCACAGUCAAGAAGCCCAAGCUCAGGUGGGUAGCCUAAUGCCCUCCAAUGGCCAAAAGGUCAGGCAAGCUGGGGUAGACUACAUCAUGGCCGCUGGAAAGGUGAUUCAGAAUUGUAGAAGCGCCAUCGAGGGUGUUCAGAAGAGCAUCCGUGCCUUUCAGAUCACCAAGGCCCACCCACACCUGGCCACUGCUGCCAAGCGCCUCCUGACCACUGGCCAGGUCUCAGCCCGAAGGAGCAUACAGGUGCAAAGGGCCUUUGAAGGUACCACACUGGUGAUGAAAACCAAGGCUCGCUUGCUGGGCAGCGCGAUGGCUGGCUUUUCCCUCAGCGUGGACUUGGCCUCCCUUCUUAGGGACUGGAAGCAGCUGAAGGAGGGAGCCAGAACCGAGCUUGCAGCAGAGCUAAGGGCCCGGGCUCGGGAGCUGGGAAGGCAGCUGACACAGCUCACCCAGCGCUACGAGAGCCUGGAGCAGAGGAACCUCUUGCAAGAAAAAAAGCCUAUGAGCUCCUCUUCGGAGGGAACCAUGGAGACCGUGCCUCUGCCACCAGCCAGGCGUGGGGAGGCCGGAUCCCAGGUGACAGGGGAAGAUGAAGGCAAUUGA